AUGAGUCUGCAUGGGCUUGGGGUGAUUGGGGCUCAGGUGGCCGCGUCCAUCAAGAGCAACGACGAUAAGAAUUCAUCAACGCCGAGGUUUCAGUCACCACCUACUUCCAUUCAAUCUACUCCCGUCCUGGAGCACAACCGAAUACCGGAAUUUGACCCCACGAUCGGCGCCAAGCCGUACUCGCCCUUCUACUCCCAUGGCUCGCCUACAAUCUCCUACGAGCAGUUGACAUUCGAAACCAAGACAGCCAAUCGCGAUCGAAGUCAGUUGCGGGACAUCGAGAAUGCAGGACCAUACAUGUGUCGCAAUGAUAGCCCCCAGCGCUCAAAGUUAUGGGAAGGCGCCAAUCCACCAAGAUCAUGUAUGCACUCGCUGAGUACUCGGCAGCGAAUGACACUAAAGAUUAUCAUCGCUGUUGUGACUGUUGGAAGCAUGAUUGCCAUUGCACUUGGGAUUACGGCUGCCGUUGGAGGUGCAGCUUGGAGAGCUAGCAGUUCAAAGACAACUCUUGGAGGUUAA